UGCCGGAGCCCGCAGCGGAGGCGGCGGGGCUGAGCCGCGGAGGCGAUGGGGUUUGCACCAGCCUCCGCAUUUCUCCUCGCAGCCCCCGCGCCGCCGCCCCUCGCCGGGCCGCGGCGCCGGUUAGGCCGCGCAGGGUGAGCGCGGGCGCCGGCCGGCGGUACCUCGCCCGGGACUGGAGGGGAGGGCGCAGCGGGGCCGCGGCGGGGGGACUCCGCGAGCCCGGCGGCCCGCGCGCCCGCCGAGCGCACCAGCUCCCGCUACCGCCGGGCUGCGGCCGGGACGGAGCUCCCUGUGCGCCCCCCGGGGGCCGGCAGCGGCCGGGAGGCGGCGCGGGGCUCGGCCCUUCGGCCCCGCAGCUCCGCGCACCCGGCGGCGGCGGCGCGGGCUCGGGCGGCCGGGCAGCCACCGAGCCCAUGGCGGGCAGCGACGCGGACUGCGAGGGUCGGGCGCGGAGGGGCGGCGCGGCGCGGCGUCCGGGGGCCCCCGGCGGGCGGGGAGGCGAGGCUGCCGCCGGCCGCCCGGAGCCGCUGUCCACUGCUGAAGCGCCGGCCGAGGGCGCCGCGCUGCCCGCCUGGAUGCGCCUCUACUUCUACGGGAUGCACGGGAUCACCCUGGACGUGCUCUUGUCCUCGGCGCGGCGCUUCGCUCGCAGCCCGGACCUCCGGAUGCUGGGCUUCUCCUCGCCCUACCGCUGCCUCCUGCACUCGCUCACCCACUUCGCCCUGGAGAAGGUCUACCUGCAGCAGCGGCGCUGCCCCAGCGCCUUCGUCUUCAAUUUCCUCCUGUACCCCUCGGCCCACCUGGGGCUGCAGACCCUGGCGGGACAGGCGCUGCUGCUCAGCCUGGGCGGUGGGCCGGGGGGCGCGGCCGCGCCGGGGGCGCUGGACCUGGCGCUGCAGUACGUGCUGGCUCUCUACCACUGCCAAGUGUUCCUGAAGCGCUUCCUGCGCUUGCGGUACCAGCGGCCACAGCAGCAGCAGCAGCGGCGGCGGGGCGUGCCUCCCGCCCCCCUGGGCGCCCGGACCCCUGCGGCGGCCGGUGGCCGGCGGCGACGACCCCGCGGCCCCAGAGGCGCCAGAGGAGCCCCCAGCCAGGGGCUACCGGACCUGCUCCGCUUUCUUUUCUUCGGAAUGCACGGCUUUUUGGAUGAGAUCUUCUUCACCUUCUUCUUUAACGUGCUGGGGCGAGGGGACGGAGCAACCAGCGGCCACACGUCGCUCUGGUCCUUCUUUAUGUACGGCAGCUGCAGUUUCGUGGUGGAAAAGCUCUACUUCCACCUCCACUACAGUCGCGGCUGGGGCACGUGGCAGCGGGUGCCCAUUUACGUGAUCUUCAUCUACGCCUGGGAGUUGUCCUGGGGUCUGGGACUCCGCACCUGCGGCGCUUGUUCCUGGGACUAUUCCCACUACCCGCUCAAUUUCAUGGGCCUCAUCACCCUGAUGUAUUUACCUGGUUGGAUAUUCCUUAGCGUGUACCAGGACCUGCUUUCCAACGUGCUGUGGCGGGUGCAGUACGUACCAACUAACUAAGACCAGAAAAAAAAAAAAAGUCACUGAUUCCCACGAAUGAAUGCGAUUUAUUUUUACACGUUUAAAACGGAAUGGGUUUUUUUAGCCUUUUAAUUUUUAUACGUUUUACUAAACUCUUCCAACACGUUUUAUUCAACAUUUUAGUUUUUCUGACUAUUUGGAACCUAUGCAUUAUAAUAUUUUGAAAUAUUACUCGAAACAUAACUCAAAGUACUUAACUGGUCAAUAUUUUAAAAGGUUUAUGAACCCAAACAGCAAAACCAUUAUACCUUAACAUUGGAAAGCUGUAGUAUUCACUUAUUUGGGCAUUGGUGGGUGAUA